UUCAAUGCAGAGAAUUCAAAGUUGGUUCGACCAACUGACACUCGGACGUCAGUCACGUCGCAUUUCACGUCGCCGUCGAAAUCAUUCUCGACAGCCCGACGAGCGUCGGAAGGCUUCGUCUCCUUCCGUUGUACCUAUGUCUUCGAAACGAAUUGCUCAACCAAUGAGAGCUGCUUCUCAUAGUGUUGUAAGGCAUUCAAGAGAUGAGCUUAAGCCUCUGCCAGUGAGUAUCGCGUUCCCACCGCCACCGACAUCAAUGCCACCUCCAAUGAUUACCUCAACUUCUUCUAGUACUUGUAACGGGUCGUUCCCGAGGAGAAAUCGCAUUCGCACCAAUCCGUGGAUCGGAGAGAACAAAAUGUGGGAGAGCAUGACGAGUAGCAUGGGACGAACUACAGCAUAUGACUCAAGCAGUAAAAAGCGAGUUCCAGCACUUUGUGUGGCAAGCCCGGAUACGAGUAUGUGCAGUUCAGGAUAUGCUUCACAUGAUUCCAGUCCCGACACUUCAAUGGUUUGGACGAAUAGUGGAGAAUGGCAGAAGCAUUAUGACAAUACAGCGAAUAUAUAUCACGAGCUUAUGAGUGCAUCCUCUUAUCAUUCGCUUCGUCCAACACCUAGUCCUAAACAUGAAAGGGCAGAAUCUCCAAUUUACGCAGAACCAUGGACAUCUGCUUGUGGUCCAAUGGUGGUUAAAAAUAGAACCUAUCGCCCGGCAUCUCCAGUCUACGCUCAACCAUUUUCCGAGCACUAUCAUAAGGUCUCACCACGACGAAAUUUCAAGGAUAUGUCGGAUGAUGAGCUGGCUCGAGAUGAAUUUCUUUAUGAGUUAGAUCAACAAAUACAUGAGUUGCAGAUGCGAUCAGAAGAACUCCGUGAAAUGGUGGAUCGAGCUCGCACUCAACGCAAAGAAUUCAUCAUUCCGAAAAUGGAAUGCACUUUUGAAUUGGCUAUUUAAAUCUCAAAGCUCUUAUAGAGCUCUAAAAUACGGUACAAAACUAGUGUUUCCCUUUCUGUUUCCCUUUCUCCUUCCCUUUUCUAAUAAAUCCGUUGUUGUACAAAAUUGUUCCGGUUCUCCCUAUCUCCUUCCAAUUUUGCCAUAAUCGUUUUGAAUUCCAUUAACGUGCAUUUAGUAUUCACCCAAUUUAUUUUUACUUUUUUAUUUGUUCCAUUGUGAAAAUUUGAAUUAUUUGUAUGAAAUAAAAUUGUACUGC